AUGGAAAGAACAAGAUAUGCAUAUGAAAAGUAUCGUGAAGUUAGAAGUCAAAUUACAUCCGGUCGAACCUUUACAGUAAACUUUGACGAAGGAAAGAACAAAGAAGGCUUCAUGGGUGUACUUGCUGCAAUUCAAGACGGAAAUAAGAAAGGACACAAUCUCAGAUUGACCAUAACAGAUUUGGAUGGUCACAUUUACUAUGCACAUGGCAAUGAACAAACAGCCGCAAAACUUCUUGACGCUUUCAAGACUACAAAGAGAGAACAAAUGGUUGACUCCAACUCAGACAUUUUGAAUGCAAUUGAAGGAAUUGCAAGUGUCAAGUUCGAAUGGUACCAACCUAACCCUCAAGCAGUCAGACAACAUGCAGGAUACUUCCCGUUCAUAAAUAAGUCUGACAUUGACUUGACAAGGUAUGGGAUUUACAAUUCAAUUGAAACAAUUGUCAACGAACCUUGCAUUCUUACAUGUCUCAGGAACUCUGGUCUUGUUACAGAUGAGAAGAUGAAGUAUCUUGAGUCAUGUGUGAAGACAAGGUACAUUCUCAGAGGUCAAUUGGCAAAAAUUGCACCGUUGGCAAAUGUCAAUAUCCGAGUCAACAUACCUACAGCUAAAGGUUCUUCACAUGACGACUAUGUUGUUGACAAAGACUUACCAUGGUUGAAGAUUGUAAUUGUCCACAACCACUUCAUGUUGAACGAAAGUCUUACAAACCCAUUCUUUGGUAAAAGUAAGUGCAACAUUGUCAGAGCUGUAAACAUUCUUUUCGAGAAAGGUUUGUUGGAACCAAUUCCAGAUGACAAGCUGACAGAAACUUUUGUACCAAAAGACGAAACAAACUUUUCAUU